CUUCCCACAAUGCAACGCGCAUCUGUCAUGGCUGCUCACUGAUGCAGCUUGUACCACAUGGGUGGAAAUAAACAUUUUAUCGCUGAUUAAGAUUCAGGUUUGGCUUUCUGGCUCAACAGUUAAUCGCCGCUUUGGACCUGUGACCGUCCUCACAGAAGACAGGAGUUCUCACUUCAUUUGAUGAGAAACCAGAAGCGGACAGUCAUGCCGCUAGACGUAGAAAUCCCCGUACUUCGAGGCUUUUUAACACCCAGCGAAGCAACGGAAUGGAAACAGAGUAUCUUCAGUAAUUCAGUGGCGGGUUCUCUGUUGGAGUACUUGAUGGCUGGGGACUUUAAAGCGGUACUCCUGAGUCCACAGGUGGUAGAUCUACUCACUGGAGAUGGCAACUAUACCGAGGGCGAGAACAUUGAGGCCUUCCUGGAGAGAAGGGUUCUGCUGUACCUGACUGGUGGCUCCAGUGACGACCAGACCCACAGGCAGCUAGCAAUGAUGGCCCUAGCGGUUUCAUGCCUGCACAUGUUUGCCCAGAGUAACUGGACUGGUCCUCCGGUCUCCAUCCUGAACUGUGACUUGCUCCCCCCGACCCUGGUCUCCUCUUGGCAGCCCCACACCCUGUUAGAGGCUAUCCACUGUGGCCUGCUCCUGGAUGGAGAGUCUGUGUAUAGCCUCGUGGCCAACCCAUUCGUCCUCCUGCUGGCCAGGGUAAUUCUCAUAAAGUGCUCAUCCAAGAUGGAUAGCCUCCAGCUGCUGCCUUGGUGGACCCUCCGCUAUAUCAACCUGCAUCAGCAAAUCUUAGAGGCCCGUUCCCCACAGCUCUUCGCCUUGGCUCAAACCAGCAUGGAUAAAGGUCUCAGAAUGAUGGAAUCCCAGUCCCUGUUGUUGGAGCAUAGAAACCUUGCUAUCCAGUUUCACCUGGAGUGUGUCUACACUAGUCUAACCUACUAUGACUACCAGUCAGCCAAAAAACACAUUAAGAAGGCCCGGGAGCUCUCCGGACUCACUGUCAGCAUGACUGGUGCUCUUGGGAAACGGACGCGGUUCCAGCAGAAUUAUCUGGCUCAGCUCAUCCUUGAAGUUAAAAAAAAGCAAGAUCUACCUGACCUGAUGGAUGAUGAGACCAGUCCCACCCCCACACCUCAGGCCAUCCUGCCCAAGGACCACAAUCUGGACGAUGACACUGUACUGGAUAAGAUCAGUUUAGCGGAGCCAGAUCAGUACAAGCUCCCUGAUUUCAGUGCUGCGGAGCAGGCUGUCAUCCUGGGCAUCUGCACUGACUUCCAGAAGAAUAACCCUGUCCAUAAACUAACAGAAGAGGAACUGCUGGCCUUCACAUCUUGUAUUCUGUCCCAGCCCAGGUUCUGGGCAGUGCAAGUCACAGCACUUUGCCUCCGGACCAAACUUGAGAAAGGAAGAUCCCGAUGUGUUGAGAGAGCCAUGAUGCAAACUCAGACGAUAGUAGACAACUUUGAAGAUGUAGGCUGUCCUUUGACCGAGCGCCUCAAAGUCUUCUACUGCUGCCAAGUUCCACCUAGAUGGGAUAUCCAGAAACAGCUGGCCAGCCUACUGAUAGACCUUGGCUGCGUCAGUUCAGCUCUGCUCAUUUAUGAAAAGCUGGAGCUCUGGGAGGAUGCAGUUAUUUGUUACGAGAGGCUUGGCCAACAUGGAAAGGCUGAAGAGAUUGUGCGAAGGGAGCUCGAGAAGAAGGAGACUCCUAGUCUGUAUUGUUUACUGGGAGACAUCUUGCGGGAUCAUCAGUAUUAUGACCGAGCAUGGGAGUUAUCAGGACAGCGCAGCGCCAGAGCCAUGCGCUCCAAAGCCCUGCUGCACCUUCACAACAAGGAGUUCCAGGAAUGCGUGAACUGCUUUGAGCGGUCACUCAAAAUCAACGUCAUGCAGCUUGGUGUGUGGUUUUCUCUUGGUUGUACCUACUUUGCACUUGAGGGCUAUGAGGGAGCUGCUAGGGCUUUCCAGAGGUGUGUGGGACUGGAGCCAGAUAAUGCAGAAGCCUGGAACAACCUCUCUACAGCUUACAUUCGCCUCCAAAUGAAAAACAAAGCCUUUCGCACCCUGCAAGAAGCUCUGAAGUGUAACUAUGAACACUGGCAGAUCUGGGAGAACUUCAUUAUUGUUAGUACUGACAUCGGAGAAUUUGCUGAAGCCAUCAAGGCUUACCAUCGCCUGAUGGACCUCAGGGAAAACUACAAGGACAUCCAGAUUUUGCAGAUUCUGGUAAGGGCAGUUGUUGAAAAUCUGACGGACAGCGAAGGUUUUCAAGCGGGAACCCUCCAACCCAAACUGAGGGAACUCCUUGGUCGAGUCAGUUCCCGCCACAGCACUGAUGCUGAGAUAUGGCGCCAGUAUGGCCGUCUGUAUGGCAAUGGCUACAGCUCCAACCCGGAGGACAACAAAAAGGCACUACAGUUCCUGUCCAAGGCCCAUCGCUGUGAGGUUCAAGCUAGUGGCUGGGAGAAAGAUCCUGCUCUUUUCAAGGAAGUGAUCAAAAGAGCCAUCCAUAUGGGAGAAGUGACGAUCAAUUGCAGUGAGAGCAAUGAUAAUAAGACAGAGGCUCUUCAGACCCUCUCCUCCUCCCGCCUCAGCCUAAAGAGUCUGAACACCAAAGCCAAGCAAAUGCACACAGAUGUGGCCACAGGUCAGAUCCACGCUGAGCUGCAGGAAGGCACUGCUGCUCUGGAACAACUCAUCGUCAAGUUGCAAGAGAUGAGUGGAGGGCUGCGUAACCAAUCAUAAUGACCAUCUUACAGAUACACCCGCUUUGUCUGCAAAAAAGUAAAGUGUUAUCAGACUAAGAUGGAGACUCUACACCUCUGCAGUGUAUCAUUGAAAGGACCCACUUUUAAAAAUAAUGAAGGUUUUAUACCUUUCUGUCCACAUUGGAAUUCAAAACUAACUGUAAAACAUUGAAUAGUAAAAUGUUUAAACAUUUGAUUGUUUGCUUUGGACUCUUUUGUUGCAUAAGAAGAAUUGUGAGGGACAUUAUAAAGUAACUAACUCUGGGGCAGACCUAGGACUUUGACAAAUGCCAUAUUUUGAGCUAUCACUUUUAAGCAAAAAUGAGAAGGAGUUCAUGAAUUACUUAAGAUAUCCCAAGGUUCUUACAAGCUUUUGUGAAAGUCAUGAUGUCGCUAGGAACUUGUUUUUUUAAUCCAUUCUCUGAAUGUCUCUCUCUCUCUGCCUUUCAGUGACGAUCAGUUGGAGUGAGUGAGAGAAAUGGUAAUGGUAAUAAAACUUAAAUAACGAGACAAAAUGUUCUCUUAAAGUCUAUUAUAGCCCACCCAUUAACAGGUGCUAUGAUCAGUUUUAUUCACUUCAACUGUCACUGUUCAUGUUAUGCCUGAUGAGUGUAUGGUAGAAACAAGAUAUAUUAUACAAGGUGAUGUAUGAUACAUGGGAGAUUGAUAUGUUUAAAACACGUGGCUAGAGCCAGCAUACAAAGUAUACAUUGUUGAAAAGGGUUCCAUGCCAGAUAUGCACGGGAGCCCUUACUCUCCUUACAAAUUUUUAUUCAUUCAUAUGCAUAAGGGACCAUUUAGUGUUACCUAAGUAGCCCCAACUACGAAACCCUAACAAAUUUACGACUGGCGGCCACACUCUGAUAGUCUGUGAGAACUCAUUUGGAGGUUGCAACCACGCACACACUCAUCCUCCCACCCUCCACUUAGAAUAGGGAGAACCCAGCUAUCUUCCUUCCAAUUUGUUUCCUCAAUCGGCAGGAGAAUAGCCUUGACUUUUUGUUUCUAUCUGCCUUGUUCCCCAUAAUGGAGUUUGUAUUUUGUUUUGCCUGGGCCAUUUUUAUCAUGGCACCCAGAGACUCUAUCUCUUCUGAACUUUGUAGGGUUGGCAUGAAUGCUGGUUAGAACCCACUGUUCAUGGAUGAUGUGCUGUUAUCAAGUGAGGGAUUGUAAUGCUGUGACAUGCAGCUGUGAAAUGUUACAGUUAUGCUUUAAGGCACAGGUAAGUGUUUUUACGCUAUCCUUAUUACUGAAGAUGCAUAGCAAACUAUGAGCUAACCCUUUAAUUUAUCCCACAGCCAUGCUCACCGGCCAUUGAAUGAAAAUGGCACAAAAUAAUGGCCCAUUUCAUGCUCUGAUUCCUUUAUCAUUCAUUACCACAUUACAUCCAAGUCAUAUGCACAGAAUCAGUCAGCACCACUUACUAAUCCUAAUGUGACUGUACAUUCCCAGUUUCUAUUCUUGGACCCCAUGAGAGACAUUUGCUGCUGUUCUGUCAGUACACCAGAAGGAAAAUUUAAUUGAAGAAAACACAAGUCUGCCUGUUCAGACUCAGACUCUCAGUAUUCCUGGUAUUCAUUAGUGUAAGCUCUGAAGCUGAUGUCACCGGUCAAAAAACUCUUGCUAUGUUCCACUUUAAUGUGGAAGGGAGCCUGCUUUAGUUUGUACAAAUUCCUGUGUAAGAGUUGAUUUAUUGCAAGGGUUUGUUUUCUUUAGGGAAACUGAAAAAUAUUUCCAUGGAAGACCCUUAGGGUUUUCUAGGUCUGAUCAGAUUACCGAACAUUUGCAAAGAUUCUGCAUAACAUUCUGCCAGCUGGUAUUCCUUUGUAAAAGCAUUGUUUUGCUCAACAUAGACUUUACAUCUUCCUAGGUCACAGCUAAUGCAGUAGAUUGCAAUUUUAAAAUGCCUGUGGAGGGGGUUCUGUUAGAUUCCUCUCAUGAUUGAUACAAAUGUAAUAUAAACAAGAAUACAUGAUACAUGAGAGAUUGAUAAUGGAUCCAAAUAAUGGACAGAGCUAGCCUUCAUAAUAUUUAUUGGAGAAAGUCCUAGAGUACUCAUAGAGUUACUGUUAUGGAAAUAAACAAGAGCAUGGGUUUGUGGAAUUAUGCAUUCAGCAUAACAUUUCAACAGGAAUGUACAAGUAAGCCUGUCCGAUUGGGACAGGACCAGAGAUGAGACAUUUUUAGCUCUGAGGCGCUCACAGAAAUGUAACGAUGAGGGGAAGGGAGAUAGAGAGACAGAGUUAAUGACAAGUAGCAUAUGUAGUGUUGGUGGUAGCAUAUGAAGACUUGGACAGGGAGAGAGAAAAGAGAGGAGAGGUGUUCAGUACAUCAUAGGAACUUGCCUAGGAGCGUAGACCUAUAGCAGCACAGGUAAAGGAUGGUUCAGGGUCACCUAAGCCAACUCAAACUGUAAGCUUUAUCAAAAAGUACCAUUGUAAGACUAACCUUAAAAGUAAAGACAGCAUCUGUCUCUUAGAUUCUGGGGUCCUCUAUAAUAAUAGAUUAACAGUAAAACUGACAACAACAAUACUUUUUGAAACUUUAUCUCAUCUCAUCUUCUACCACUUAAUCCUCACUAGGGUCGUGGGGGUUGCUGGAGCCCAUCCCAUCUGUCAUCGGGAACAUGCAAAGUCCAUCCAGAAAGGGGUGAGGGAUAAGUUGUCCACUUAAAUGGCUAAGAUCACACACAGGUGUAUCACAUGAUAAGAACAUCGUUACUCAGCAGGUGGAGUGAGGUCUGGAUUUGCAGGAUCAGAGUAGGCCGCACCAAUCAGGUCAGAGGUGGAGCUUCAGAAUCCAGCAGCAUGGAGGCAGCUUGGCAAACCAGGUAGUGAGCAGGUAUCAUAUAAACACGAACAAAAAUGACAAGCUGCGGCUGUAACAAUUUUGAAGGACGCUUGGCCUAUUUGAUUACAUUUAGGUGCACCAUGGUGAGAUCAAAAAACCUGUCAUCGACUUCGACUUAGACAGACUUUAAUGAUCCACAAGGGAAAUUGCUUGGUCACAGUAGCUUAAUUGUUACAAAAGAAGUUCUAUAGCAGGGCUGAAUGAGUCUGCUGAAGAAUGAGCUCCUCUGACCCUCUAAUGGUUGGUGUAGUGGUGGGAUGGAUUGUCCAUAAUGGAGAGCAGUUUAUCCAGUGUCCUCCUGUCCCUCUUUGAGACAAAUGACUGCAACUCCCCACCAAUCACAUGUCCUUUCAGAUCAAUUUGUUGAUCCUAUCACUGUCUUUUUUGUUGGUACUACUCCCGCGACAAACCACAACAAAGACCAGGGCACUAACUCACUUCACACAUUGAAGGACCUGAAAACUAACUCAUGAAAAGCUAAUGAGAGUUUUAGUUCAACAGGAAAACAAGAAACUCAUGAAACUGGCUUGGACAAAAUCAUAGUACUCUUAACUUUAUUAUAUAAGUAAAAUAUUUUGUUCUAUAAGCUGACAGGCUGGCAGAACAUGUCCCAGUUGGUGUCCUCGACUUCUGGUGUAUACAUGCACUCACACACAUGUACGUGAGUAUGAAGUGUCUGGAAAAACUGGUCCUUGCAAAGAUUAAGGAUUCCAGGAGACCUAAACCAGUUUACCACCAGAGCAAACAGAUCCACAGAUGAUGCCAUCUCCCUGGCUCUCCACACUGCUCUGACUCACCUGAAGUAACAGACAUGAGGAUGUUAUGUGUGGACUAUAGCUCUGCCUUCAACACAGUCAUCCCUGACAAACUAAUCACCAAACUCCACCAGCUCGGCCUGAGACCACAGCUCUGUAAGUGGAUCCAGGACUUCCUCACAGAGCGACCUCAGGCAGUAAGACUGGGCCCCCACACAUCCUCCACCAUCACCACAGGCAUGCCACAGGGGUGUGCGCUCAGUCCCAUAUUGUCUCUGUUCACCCACAACUGUGUCUAGUUGGGUUAGAGGGCAGAGACACAGAAUCUGGUGGACUGGUGCUCUGAGAACAACCUCUCUGAAUGCUGUAAAAAUCAAGGAGCUUGUUAUCAACUUCAGGAGAUCACAGUUUGAGGACUUCUCUCUGGUUGUCAUCAGUGUUGAGAGAGUAUAGAGGGUGUCAGCAUCAUUCCUACUUAUAUUGUAUGUUACUGUCUGUUUAAUUCCAUUAUACUUUCUCCAUGGACUAGAUACUGUAUUUUUUCUUUUUACUACUGAGCGUCUUGCAGAGCUGUAAACAAAUUUGUGUUUAACUAUAAAACUUGUAUUGUGCAGUGAAAGUAUAGGAUAUUCUAUUCUAUUCUAUUCCAUUUCUUCCACUCUUCCAUUAAAGAAAUGGCCACUUCUGGGAUUCCU